CCAUACGCUUCAUGGUGUGACUCAUAAGUAAAUGAGCACAGGUACAGCUUUCUGGUGCCCUUUAACAUUAAAGUAACCUAGAAGAAUUACAUAGUGAACGAAUACGUAGUUAGAUUUGGACCAGGAUUGGGACAAAAUGUGGUUCUGAUCACGGCGCUAACUGAGCUCAGCAUGAAUCGGCAAUUAAUUCCUGAAUGAAUUAUUCUCCAGCUUGAUGAGGGAACUGGUUAUAUCCUGCACCACCAAAACAUCCAUGUCUUCCCAGUAAAAUAAGGCGACGGCCGUGAGCACCUCCCCUCAAAAUUAUACAAUUAGCAUAUUUUGUUCGGAAAUUCAAUACGUAAUACAUAAUCGCAAGCAACUUCACUCACAAAAAUAACUUAGCGCGGCAUGAAGCGGCAAUUAAUUCCUGGCCGAAUUAUUCUUCAGCUUAAUGAGGGAGCUGGUUAUAUCCUGCACUACUGAAACAUCCAUGUCUUCCCCGUAAAAUAAGGCGACGACCGUGACCACCUCCCCUCAAAAUUAUACAAUUAGCAUAUUUUGUUCGGAAAUUCAAUACAAAAUACAUAAUCGCAAGCAACUUCAGUCACAAUUUCUAACUUGGGUACAAAAUGUAUUGCUGUUAUUCGUCAUUCAUGGUGAAAUGGUGGAAGUCAAGUAUGUCAAGUAUGCGUUAGUGUGAUGCAUUUUGCAUUGUUUACGUCCUGGAAAUAUAUGCUUGCUGCAUGAUAUUAUGUUCUUUAUAUCUAUGCUGUAUUUUUGUGUGUGAAAUUUCACGUUCUGGAAGAUAUAAAUGAGAAUUUUUUUUUGUUUGAAAUGCGAGGAACGUAAAUCUUGUGAAGGCUGAUGUACGCCUUUGCUGUGAUGUCACUUGAAAGUGAGGUUAGGAGCCACGAACUGUUGGAAUCGGCUUUCGAAAAGCACAGACAUAAUAUUGAUGUUGAUAAAGCAAGGCUGGCCUAUGAAGCAGCAAAGGAAGAAUGGGAUAAUGUGGCAACAGUGGAGACAGUGUUCAGAAACAAUUUGGAGUCUAGGCACUCAGUUAUGCCCCACAUCACUGUGCACCAAGCACUGAUGUACUUCCAAGUGCAUGAUUUAUCAGUAGAGUUGGCAGAGGUACGAGGCAGCGUGGAGCCCCAGGGUCUAUGUGCACUGCUAUCUUGUCUGCUUGGCCCACCAGAGUUGCAUGACCAUCUCACAGCAGAGCGUGAUCUUGUGUUUGCAAUUGCCCAGCGCAAGCUGGACAUGUCAGAACCAGUGCACGUGCGCAUGCUGCAGACUGUGUAUCAGCGUUUGACAGGCACACGGAUGGACUGUCCAUGUUACGGUUCGCACUGGGAGCACAUCGGCUUUCAGGGCACAGACCCUGGGACAGACCUGCGUGGAGUGGGAAUGCUGGGUCUCCUGCAGUUGCUGUAUCUGUGCAACACACCACACCUUAUUCCACUGGCUCGUGACAUCUAUAGAGUGUCAGUGGAUGAGCAGCAGAACUUUCCACUUGCUGUGAUGAGCCUGAACAUGACUCGCAUCUCCCUUCAGGCUCUCCGACAUGGCGAGCUCAACAGGCAGUGCAACCAUCAGCAGCUGGUGGUGCAGGUGGUGAACCAGUUCUAUGUGGCUGUGUUUUACCACACACUGCACAUCUGGACUUCGCAGCAUAAGACCAUCAGGGACUCAGGCUAUGUGCUGAAAGAUGUGGAGUUCUAUUGUCGAGGCAAUGUGCGUGCUGUGCUGCGGGACCUGCAGGAUCAGCUGGCAUCAUACACAUCAACUCGUUCACAUGACAAACCGUGCAUCCCUGGCAGCUUCCAGGAUCUGCUUACUCAAGCCAAGACAGAGGUGUUCAUAUAGGAAACUAUGUUGGUUUGCUGAGAGCAGUGGAUAUGCAUGUUUCCAAGUGCUGUCCAGCAAUGGCUACACUGAGAUACAGACAUUUUCCAUAAAUCUGAGUAGAGACAGGUUGAAUAAGUUUCUGGUAAACCCAUAAGAGCACUUGAAAUGAGAGUUUGGAGCUUCAGUUGUGUAACUGGUGUUGCAUGCUGUGGGGAUAACGUGGAGGCGAGGCAAGUGCCCACAUAUGCUGUAGUGCUGUGUCUCUAGGUCAUUAUGGUAACACUGCCCCUGUUGUAUGGUGGGUGUUCAUAAAAACAUGUUUUGGCUACAGUCUGAACUGAAAGCUUUGCAGUAUAUUUCUGUUUAUCAAGCUGCAUGACCUGUAUGAGGAUAUGAGAAUGUCUGCUGGAACCCAGAAGAGAGACCUGCCUGUGAAAAAGUUACAAGCUCAGAUUGUAUCCCAGGAUGACUGACAUGUCCAGGGUGUGACAUGAAUCACCCAUUUCUGUUUAUAGAGUUGACAUUAGGAUUGUCUGGAGCCUUACCUGUAAUGUCUCCUCUAUAUUUUCAUGGUAUGGUUCAUAGCCAUCUUUCUAUGUGAGUAUGCUGCCAAUUGGAAAUAGAAGGUCAUCAUGAAUGAGCAUGAUGCAGGCCAGUGGGCAGCUGCACAGCUUGCGUGCAUAUCAGAAGUUGCAGUCAGCCUCACAGAUGACAGAACAUGGCAAAGUUUUAUGCCAUUUAAAAUAAUGUAAAUAUGGCCCAGGUAAAAUCAGCUGACAUUGAUAGAAGAGCAGAUGUCCUGGACACAGACAUUGUAACUAUGGAGCACAUUCCAUGAGACAGGAAUUUAUUUCCUUUGCAGAUUUGAAAAAUUUGUUUCUGGUGUGGGCAUCAAUUUGUUUACAUUCUUACAGCCUGUAUAUUUGGAAUAUGUUCUUUUGGGUGGAUUUUGAAAAGCACUGCUUAGAUCUGUCAUGCCUGUCCAUAUGCCCGCCAGUAGUAAUUCCCAGUUAUGUCCAAACUCCUUGUUGUACACCUACAGUGGGCUUUGCAAAGCUGAUUCAAAUUUAGUUCAUUAUGAAAGUCACUUAGGCCCUGAAUGAAGUUUUAUAUUUUCUUAGUUCUUUGACAGUCCAAAAGUUCCCGAAAUACAAAUUAAUAAAAACUAUUAUGUCGU